AUGGUCACGACGGGAAAGCCGCCGGGACGUCCUCGCGGUGGCUCCAAAGGUGGUAGCCGUGGUGGCGGCCGACCGAAAGGCAGAGCCUUGAAGUCAGCGACACCGGCGCCAGAAGCUGAAUCCGAUAGACCGGGACCCAAGCUACUGUUGAAGCCGUCGGUGGGAAGAUCGGAUAGCCCAGCGCAGCAGCGCCAUGCGACACCGACAUAUGGCGCGAGCGAAGAUCAAGACGACGACCUUCCUCAGCAAUCCGUAGAGGCAGCGCCGGUCACGACUCGCACUGGACGAGCGAUCCAAAAGCCAAACCAGUACGACGCCGCUCAGGGUAGCGAGAUCGAUGCCUUCAUUGACCAGGCUGAGGAAGAUGCUAGAGACGAUGGCAGAGGAUCCAUCGAGACUGAUCCAUCAUACACCACACACAAGGCACAGGAGCAGAUGAAGCAGCUACCAAAGACAGCAAAGCCAAGAGGUCGUCCACCCAAGAGCUACAAGCCGUCUGGCGCCGCCGCUAGCAAAGCAGACGAACAAGACAGGGCGGGUGCAUCGUCUGCAGAACCUCCCCCAUUCAUAGCAGACCGACAUGUGUACUCCAUUCUGAGUAACCUCAAGAGCAACGCCAAGAUCCACCUCGACCUUCCCGGCCUCACCGAUGCCGCCAACCCAUAUCAGGCCCUACCCUACAGCGCCAAUACCCUUACCCAAAUUUACAUUGUCUGCUACCAAGAGAAGCUCUGGGAUCUCUGCGACAUGGUUGCCGACACAUGGAUCCGCAUAUUCCACGACAAGCGCAAAAAGGCAGAAGAAGACAAGGACAAGGACGGAGAAAAGGAAGAGAAACAGGAGGAAAUCUGGCUCCCGAACCGAGCGCUCAAUCGGCGCAAGCGAGUCGCACAACAGGCGUGGCGGAAAGGCAAGAACAUCCCAGCGGAGUUUGAUCAGUUUCCUAAAGACUACGACUUGGAGGUCACGGAUCCUGAACUUGACAAAGAUGUUACGUGUGGAGCGAGACUCCUCUGGGCCGACGCACUUGCCCUGAGCGGCGAUAAGACCGAGCGCAUCAUCGGCAAAGUCACACGUAAGGGCUUUCAUCUACACCCCGAACUCCUCUUCGACAUCAUGCAAACAAGCCUACGCAUGAUCCGCAGGAACCUCACACUGAAGAUCGAGGAGAGCACCGAAGGCGCAUGGUGCAAGCGCUACCACGAGCACGGCAAGAACGGCAACGUUUGCUACCGACAGCGCGCAUCGAGGGUUGAUGAGGGCCUAGAGAUGGCAAUAGAGCAGUCUCGGAACAGGGAAGAGGUUGAAGGGGAGGGUGACGCUGAUGAUGUGGAUUUGAUCGAGGAGUUGGAGUUGGCGCUGUGGGCGCAGGAGCACGAAGGCACUCCCAGGGCUGAGAAGAGAGGGCGCGAGGAUGGUGGCGAGGUUAGUCCGAGUAAGCGGGCUAGGUUUGUGGGGGAGGAUGAGGAUGCUGAGGGGGACUCUGAGGAAGAUUGA